CUUCGCCCCAAUUGGACGUUUUCGCAAGGACUUGGUCCCGUUGGUUUGUUAAAAAAAAUCUCCAAAUUCUACACAAAGAAUUUCGUGCUAAUUCCCCUCACUGUGAUAUAACUUAUGCAGCAGAACAGAAACUAAAAAAAAAUCCACAUAAAUACAUAUAAACUACUUUUAGUACCUUAAUAACAUAAUAAAGGCAACGUUUGAGCGUUCCCACAUAUUUACUAACAUACAUAUGUACAUAAUGUAUAUAAAUAAUAAAGCAUAUGUAUAGUAUAUAAAACUAUAUAAUCUGAAAUAAAAGCAGAACGUGGCAACCACUCGACUUUUAUGCGCAAUUUGUCGUUUGAUUACAUCUCACAAACACGCAACAAUACAAAGCAGCACUAUCACACAUAAGCACAUUGUUCAGCUAAAUGUGGAGAGAAAAAAAUAGCAAAAAAUUGGAAAGUGGAAAUAGAAUAGAAUAGCAGUAAAUUUUCAUAUUAAACGUCGCCAGUGCAAGUCACUUUUAAGUGGCGCCCCCAGCUAACAGCGGCAGCCUCCAGUGCCGUCGAGCGCAAGUGAGCAGGCACAUUACUUCACCUCACAUCGCCGAGAAAUCGCAAAACUUGUUGCCGGAAACUUGUCGUGGUGCGGAUAAGGACAAUGGAGUCGCAACAUAAAUCGGUUUUCAUGCUACUCUUCACUCUAUGCCUUACAUUAAGCGCUGCCCUCGAAGAGGACUGCAUUGAUUUCCAGGGCAAUUCCGUUAAUCAUGGCAUGCUGUAUGUGCCCGGACCGGGCGUCUGCAGUCUGUGUGUCUGCUAUCACUCAGAGCCGCUUUGGUGCAAGGCCAUCUACUGUGAUCCACCCUAUUUCUGUAAAAAUUUCCGUGUAGGCGAGCGCUGUUGUGAGUUCGAGUGUUUAGAUCCGCCCGGAGAGGAUAAUAAAUAUCAGGAACGCAUGCGAAAGCGAGCGGAAAUACUGGCUGGCAAUAGCACUGCAUCGAUACAUCGCAUCACUCCACUCGCCGUCUCCACCAUAGUGUUUACAGUUAUAACAAAUAGCUUUUUGAAUUUAUAACUUCAAGCGAAAGGCGAAAUCACAGAUGGUGGCUGGUGGUGGUGAAGCGCGGAGGUGGUGUUGAGAGCAAAAUGUGGCGAAACAAAGUAGAAACGGAAAGCGCCUUAUUCGUGUGGCUGUCGCUGUG